GCGGGCAGGCGGAGGAUGGUGCAGAAGGAGAGCCAGGCGGCGCUGGAGGAGCGGGAGAGCGAGCUGCACGCCAACCCCGCCGCCUCCGCGGGGGCUGCAGCGUUGGAGCCGCCGGCAGCUCCGGCCCCCGGAGAAGAGCACCCCAGCGGGGCCGGGGGCGCCGUGGUGGCCAGGGCGGCCGGCGGGGCUCGGAGGUUCCUGUGCGGCGUGGUGGAAGGAUUUUAUGGAAGACCUUGGGUUAUGGAACAGAGAAAAGAACUCUUUAGAAGGCUCCAGAAAUGGGAAUUAAAUACAUACCUGUAUGCUCCAAAAGAUGACUAUAAACAUAGGAUGUUUUGGCGAGAGAUGUAUUCAGUGGAAGAAGCUGAGCAACUCAUGACUCUCAUCUCUGCUGCACGGGAAUAUGAGAUAGAGUUCAUCUAUGCUAUCUCGCCUGGAUUGGACAUUACCUUUUCUAACCCCAAAGAAGUAUCUACGUUGAAACGCAAACUGGACCAGGUUUCUCAGUUUGGAUGCAGGUCAUUUGCUUUGCUUUUUGAUGAUAUUGACCAUAAUAUGUGUGCAGCAGACAAAGAGGUAUUCAGUUCUUUUGCUCAUGCCCAGGUCUCCAUCACAAAUGAAAUUUAUCAGUACUUAGGAGAGCCAGAAACUUUUCUCUUCUGUCCCACAGAAUACUGUGGCACUUUCUGUUAUCCAAAUGUAUCUCAGUCACCCUACUUAAGGACUGUGGGUGAAAAACUUCUACCUGGGAUUGAGGUGCUUUGGACAGGUCCCAAAGUUGUUUCUAAAGAAAUUCCAGUUGAGUCUAUUGAAGAGGUGUCUAAAAUUAUUAAGAGAGCCCCAGUAAUCUGGGAUAACAUUCACGCUAAUGAUUAUGAUCAGAAGAGACUCUUUCUGGGCCCAUACAAAGGAAGAUCCACAGAACUCAUCCCGCGAUUGAAAGGCGUUCUCACUAAUCCAAAUUGUGAAUUUGAAGCUAACUAUGUUGCUAUCCAUACCCUUGCCACUUGGUAUAAAUCAAACAUGAAUGGAGUGAGAAAAGAUGUAGUGAUGACUGACAGUGAAGACAGUACUGUGUCAAUUCAGAUCAAGUUAGAAAACGAAGGCAGUGAUGAAGAUAUUGAAACGGAUGUACUCUAUAGCCCGCAGAUGGCUCUAAAGCUAGCUCUAACAGAAUGGUUACAGGAAUUUGGUGUGCCUCAUCAGUACAGCAGUAGGCAGGUUGCUCACAGUGGCGCCAAAACAAAUGUUGUUGAUGGGAGUCCCUUAGUUGCAGCACCAACUUUAAAUGCCACAACUGUUGUUACAACAGUUUACCAGGAGCCCAUUAUGAGCCAAGGAGCGGCCUUAAGUGGUGAAUCUACAGCUCUCACAAAGGAAGAAGAAAAGAAACAGCCAGAUGAGGAACCCAUGGACAUGGUAGUGGAAAAGCAAGAAGAAACAGAUCACAAGAAUGACAAUCAAAUAUUAACUGAAAUUGUUGAAGCUAAAAUGGCAGAGGAAUUGAAACCAAUGGAUACUGAUAAAGAGAGCAUAGCUGAAUCAAAAUCCCCAGAAAUGUCUAUGCAGGAAGAUUGCAUUAGUGAUAUUGCACCUAUGCAGACCGAUGAACAGACAAAUAAGGAGCAGUUUGUACCAGGUCCUAAUGAAAAGCCUUUGUACAGUGCAGAACCAGUAACUCUGGAGGAUUUGCAGUUACUUGCAGAUCUAUUCUAUCUUCCUUAUGAGCAUGGACCCAAGGGAGCACAGAUGUUACGGGAGUUCCAGUGGCUUCGGGCAAAUAGCAGUGUUGUCAGUGUCAAUUGCAAAGGAAAAGACUCAGCAAAGAUUGAAGAAUGGCGGUCACGAGCAGCCAAGUUUGAAGAGAUGUGUGGACUAGUAAUGGGAAUGUUCACUCGACUCUCCAACUGCGCCAACAGGACUAUCCUUUAUGACAUGUACUCCUAUGUGUGGGAUAUCAAGAGUAUAAUGUCUAUGGUGAAGUCUUUUGUACAAUGGUUAGGGUGUCGUAGUCAUUCUUCAGCACAGUUCUUAAUUGGAGACCAAGAACCCUGGGCCUUUAGAGGUGGUCUAGCAGGAGAGUUCCAGCGUUUGCUGCCAAUUGAUGGGGCAAAUGAUCUCUUUUUUCAACCACCUCCACUGACUCCCACCUCCAAAGUUUAUACUAUCAGGCCAUAUUUUCCUAAAGAUGAGGCUUCUGUAUACAAGAUUUGCAGAGAGAUGUAUGAUGAUGGAGUGGGUUUACCUUUCCAAAGUCAACCUGACCUUAUUGGAGACAAGUUGGUAGGGGGACUGCUUUCUCUCAGCCUGGAUUACUGCUUUGUCCUAGAAGAUGAAGAUGGCAUAUGUGGCUAUGCCUUGGGCACUGUAGAUGUGACCCCCUUCAUUAAAAAAUGUAAAAUUUCCUGGAUUCCCUUUAUGCAGGAGAAAUAUACCAAGCCAAAUGGUGAUAAAGAACUUUCCGAGGCUGAGAAAAUAAUGUUGAGUUUCCAUGAAGAACAGGAAGUGUUGCCAGAAACUUUCCUCGCCAACUUUCCUUCUCUGAUAAAGAUGGAUAUUCAUAAGAAAGUAACUGACCCCAGUGUGGCUAAAAGCAUGAUGGCUUGCCUUCUUUCUUCACUGAAGGCUAAUGGCUCCCGGGGGGCUUUCUGUGAAGUCAGACCAGAUGAUAAAAGAAUUCUGGAAUUUUACAGCAAAUUAGGCUGUUUCGAAAUUGCAAAAAUGGAAGGAUUUCCAAAGGAUGUGGUUAUACUUGGUCGAAGCCUGUAACGUUUAUGUGGGCACUGUGUACUGUUCAAGAGUCACUUACCUUCACCUGGUGGGUGGUGUUUAGGGUCUUCAUGCAGUUUAGCCUCUGGAGGGACAACAGAUUGGCCAAUUGGGAUUGGAAACAAGAAGACUAAAUCUCACCUCUACACUUUGAGGCAACUCACAGGUUGGAAGAAGAUAGUAUUGCCUCAAAUCUUACACAAAACAGGGAUAUGGGCAUCCUAUUUUGUGUCUUGAAUUAGGUGUCAAGACUUUUUACUUGGGCUUAUGGGGGGGGGCGGGGGGGUCAAUAAAUGUAUGUAGUUGGCACUGUUUGAUGCAUCCAGUGUGGUUGCAUUUCUCACCUAAGAGUAAUCACCAUUUGUCAUUCUCCUCUGCUUAAUUGAAUGAAAUAUUUUUCAUUCUUGGGGACUUGGCAGAGAUAAGAAAGAUUUAGUGGGCUUUGGUGGAGAUUCCAUGUGGGAUGGUUGUAGCAUAGUUAAAAGCUGAAUAAAUGAUUUCAGUUAUGGACACUUUCUGCUUUUUUGUAAGCCACAGCCAAUUGUCUCAUGUAAUGGCCAUUGGUUCAGGCAUGUUGUGCUUUUGUAGGGACAAAUGUGCAGUUAUUUGUGGCAGAAGCCUAAAAAUGACAAACUUGUAAAAUUUUUGUAUAUAAACUAGCUGUGACCUUAG